GAGGUCUAGCGCGGCGCGCGGUCAGUUGUGUCAAUUAUAGGCGUGGACAUAUAGAAUAUAUAAAGAGUAUUUGAAGAUCGAAUCUCUCUCUAUCGUGAGGAAUUUUCGCAAAGCAAAAAGCUAAAAGGUUCCUCACGUUUUUUCCGAAAUGGCCAUUGAGAUUCGCUUUUCUUUUCUUGUAACAACGUUACUCUUCCUUUGCUGCAUCCAACAAGGUCUUUCUAUUAAAUGUUGGGUAUGCAGGUCAGAUUCGGAUCCGAAAUGCGCGGAUCCGUUUGACAAUUCCACAGUCCCUAUUACAGACUGUAAACAAGAACCCGACUUGGAGCAUUUACCAGGUGUAAGACCGACGAUGUGUCGUAAAAUUCGUCAAAAAGUUAAUGGGGAAUGGAGAUAUUUUCGUAGCUGCGCUUACAUGGGCGAGCCAGGGAUUAUGGGCGACGAGCGAUUCUGCUUAAUGCGAACUGGAACAUAUAAUAUAUUUAUGGAAUACUGUACAUGCAAUAGCAAAGACGGUUGUAACUCGGCACCUUAUGAAUAUGCAAACUGGCAUCUCUUAUUAAUCGGCCUGAUAACUACCGUUCGAUACGUAUUCGUCGUUUAAAAAAAAAGUCUAGCCAAAGAUUCUUAACAGAUCUGAUUCACUGGAUAAUUUAGAUUUCAGUAACUAUCUUUACGGUCCAAGAUUCACUUGUACUUACUCAAUACUCUUCUCAUCUUACACAUCGAACAUCAGGGAAGAUGCAAUCUCCAACAAUCAAAUAUGUAUAGAUAUUGUAGUUUUUACAAUGCAAUUUUGUAAUUUUUAUAAUUUUUUACGCAAUGGAGUGCCUUUUUAUAUCUAUUUUUAAAUGUCACAAUGAUGGAAAUUCUUAAUAUUUAUAAGAAGGAAUAUAACUUCCAGUAAGUCAGUAAUUUACCUUGGCUUAAGCUGCAUUUUAUCAAUAAAUUACAUAUUUUAUAGAAAUAUAUUUUUAUUGCUAUAUAAAAAA